UCUGUUUCUCUCUCUCUCUCUGUUUCUCUGGUAUUUCUAUCUCGGUUCUGCCGCAGUCGUGUUCAGGCUGGUUUGAUUUGUUGCUGCUGUUGAAUCAGGAGUCAGACACACAGGUACAGUAGUGGUGGGAACAGAGAUGACCACAGUCAAACCAGGCGCUGGGCACCAGGUGACAGGGUCACCGCGGAUGGACAAAGUGCAGCUCGUGAGAGGGAGGAGAGAGGAGAGAGAGAAGAGUCAUGAGGAGUUUUUGCGUGAUAAAGAGCAACGUGUACGGCAGCAGCUGGAGCGCUGUGCAGACGAACGAGGGAGGAAGAUGGAAGAGCAGAAAAGAAGGGAGGAGGAGAGGAGGGCAUCAGUGGAGGAGAGGAGACAACAGCAGCACGAGGAGGAAAAGGAGAGACUGGAGGCCCUGGUGAGAAGAAGGGAGAGAACAGGAGAGAGGGACAGACAGAUGGGGGAGGACAGCAGAUACCCUAUGGAGAACAGGCCUAAACGCUGGACCUGGGGAGGACCACCCGGAGGGGAAGAGGGUAACCCUAAGACCCCGCCCUCUCAUGCUAUUGGCUCAGCUCUGUCUCAGCAUCCCGCCUCUGCUGCCAGUCCCAACCAAUCCAGGAACGUGUGUGACUUCCUGACACCACCCUCCCCGGACCAGCCAAUCACUAAACGCCUCUCCAACUCUUCAGCCUCCCUGCAUUCACCAGAAAGAGCAUCCCCCAGCCCCCAGCGACCGGCCUACAAAUGUUCCCCCUCCAGGAAGGCAAGCAAUGGACCCCCGGAAGACAAGACCCCCAGAACACCCACAACAGAGAGAGGCCCCGCCUCCUGUCUGACUGACUCUUCAAUGAGACGCCUAGAAUCUCCGACCACUCCCACCCGAAGCUCCUCCCCCAGAGCCCAUAGCAAAGCAAUGGGCACGCCCAAAAGGGUGAGGUCGACUAAGAGUCGUGCCCAAUCCCCCUGCUCCCCGGGACAGUACCCUCCCUCCCCCCUCCGCCAGCGACCCCCAGUAACCGAGGGCAACCAUGAGGCCAGGGGUCAUGGAACCCUGGAGAGGAAGUCCUCCAAGCCGGACCCAACAGAGAAGAAGAUCCCCAAGUCCUGCAGCAGAGACCUGGCGACAGAUUCUCCAGGUACGCCCACAGGCAGGAACGUUGCCGGGACAACGGAUGCAGAGGAGGCAUCUAGACUGUUGGCUGAGAGGCGGCGUCUGGCCAGAGUACAGAAAGAGCAGGAGGACAAACUACGACAGGAGGAGGAGAGGCUGAGAGCUGAGGAGGAGCUGAGGAGAGAGCAGGAGGCGCGGGAGCGGCAGGCGAGAGAGGCACAACGAGCAGAGGAGGAGAGAGAGAGACGGGAGGGGGAGAGAGAGAGACGGGAGGAGGAGAGAAAGAGCAGAGAAGAGGAGGAGAGAAGGACCAAGGAGAGACGAUGGAAAGACAUGCAGGAUCAGCUGGACCGAGAGAGAGAGGAGGCGUGUCUGCGUGCUCACAGGGAGGCGGAGAGGAAGAGGCAGGAGAGAGAACUGCUGCAGGUACAGGAGGAGCAGGAGAGACUGCAGAGGAAGAAGCGGAUUGAGGAGAUCAUGAAGAGGACGCGUAAGAGUGAAACGGACUCCUCAUCCUCAGGUGUAUGUGAUGUGAACAGGGGCCAGGCAGGGCAGGGCAGGGAGCUGGAUCAGGAUGAGUCCCCUCUCAUCACGCUGGGCCCCCUGGAGAGAAAGAGCUGUGGAGGGGAUGAGCUGUCUGACGGGGUACAGUCUAUGGACGUCAGCCCUGUGUCCAGGGAUGACUUGGGUAUCGUUCAGGACUUCUCUCCCGUCAGCGAGGCGUUAAACAGCAUGAGUAACGCCCGAACCCUGGAGCACCUCCUGGACCUCACCGCCCUGCCAGACACACCCCCCUACCCCAGGCUGCAGCCAGGCAGUGCUGCAGCCCUGGGAGACCUCAACAAGAACCUGCUGAUCCAGGGUUAUAACCCCGCCUCCUUAACUAGCUCCUCCCCCAGGUCCGCCCAGCUUCUCCACAGCCUCAGCCCUGGCAAAUUGGAUGUCUAGUAACCAGGGUAUUGUAUAGGACUAUUGGCUGUUGGGUGAAAAGAGAAGCUAGCAGCAGCAGGGGAGUCUCUGCUCUCCUCCUUCCUCACCAAAACUAGAGAGUGGGACCAGCUCCCUGCACCUCCACCCCUCCUUCCUCAUCAAAACUAGAGAGUGGGACCAGCUCCCUGCACCUCCACCCCUCCUUCCUCACCAAAACUAGAGAGUGGGACCAGCUCCCUGCACCUCCACCCCUCCUUCCUCAUCAAAACUAGAGAGUGGGACCAGCUCCCUGCACCUCCACCCCUCCUUCCCCCCCCUCUCUUCAGGGGAGAGGCCCUCCCCAUGCACCCCUGGACUCCACAGAGAGCAACUGCUCAAUGUCUGGCUCCCCCUUAUAUCUAUAACUCAACACAUCUACAGCUGAAUUCACCUAUGUAAACACACACUGACAUGUACACACACACACACACACACACACACACACACACACACACGGUUAAUACUCUCCCAGUAAAGUGAAACUUUUUCUCUGUGCCCUGGCUGUAUGAUAUUGUAUAUAAAGGUGUGUCAGUGUUUGGAGGCUGAUGUAAUAUGGUUGUGUUAUCCUCCUGUAGCAUUAAUUAUGUGGUUAACACUGACCCUGUAGCACCUUCACUGGAGAACACCUCCUCCUGUAUAUACUAUAUACUGUUACACAGCUGUAACUCUACGUAGAAGUUGCACCUAACCACAGAUCUAGAAUCAGAUUAUUCUAACCCUCAAUAACCUUAACCUUUGGGCAGAUGAACAUUUAAUCUGACCCUGUAUCAGUGGUUAGGGGCAGCCUACUUGUUGUAACGGCUACGUUAGGAGUUUCUUUCUGUCAGUGUUUCUAGUGGUGGUCGGUUAUGAUCAUCACAGCACCACUGACACGCUGUACUACUGUUCACCAGGAGUCUACAAUCGCUAUGUAGAACUCAGCUAGCCAGUCUAAAUGUUUGCAUCCUGCAACUGGCGAAACCUACUCAUCUAGAGAUGUGGAUGAUUUAGUAUAGUAAGACAAAAGUCUGGCCUCAGUUGAUAUGCUUCUGUCCACCAACACGCCUUAGCUUUAGUGGUGUGUAAAAAAAUAUGUGGAACACUGGAGCAUUUCUUAUUAUAAUCUGAGCAAAAAGAAAAGAAAACUGUGAACAGUCUUGUAUUUUUUGCUAUUUGUAGGGCUGGGGAUAUUGAAAAGAUGUGGCUUGUGUUUUUGGCUUGCUGUGUGUGCGCUAGCUGUGGUUUAGUUACUGUUGUGUAACAGCUCUGAAAACACUCAUCCCUACUCUGUUCUGGAAAUACUGUUCUCUCUAUAUUGCCUCUGCUCUGAACUGGACUGUAUAUGCUGCAAAUCACAGUCCUAGCAACUAGCAGUGAACCUACAGCAGGGGUCUCCAACUUUGGAGCUACUGGGUGGUCCUGGAGCUAUUUGGUGUGCAGGCUUUGUUCCAGCCCUACAGUAACACACCUGAGUCCAUUAAUCAUGGACCAGACUGAAGACGGUGAUUAGGGCAGGAACAAAAGCCUGCGCAUUCAGUUAGUGAACCCUGUCCUACAGUAUCUCAUCAGUCUGUGUAAUCGCUCAGUCAGUCAACAGCUAUAUUCACUAUGACUGUGGCUUUACCUCAUGGAGAUCUAUCUCAUUACAGAGGACACUUCACAGUCUGCUGUCCACUACUGCUGGGAAUUCGACCAAUCAUACAUGCUUCCUGUACUGUAACGGUCUUGUACCGAUCUUACUGUAACACAUGCCUUGCUUUGCUCUCAGGGCGGGUGUAGGUCAGCAUGUGUGCUCCCUCCCCUCACGGUUUCAAUCUCUGUUUCAGUUCCCCCUGAAGGGCACUGUGAGGUGCCAACCACUCCUCACGACCCAGCUAACCCUGUGAAGGGACACUGACUAGUGUCUAUAAUGGCUCUAAUGUUGAUGCUGUAUCUCAAUUACUGGACUAGAGUAGGUAAAGGAGUAGGUAAAGGAGUAGGUAAAGGCCUGGAAAGUCUCUUUAUCUUUGCUGUCUUCAGUGCGCUUGACUCUUGAUUUAGUUGCCAUGUCUGUUCGUCCAUCCAUCUCUCUUCCUCUCUCUUUCUGUGCUCGUUCAUAAUUUAAUGCUUUCUUUGUAUGCCAAGGGUAAAUUAAGUAAACUUAAGACUUAAGGUCAGAAUGUUAUUCACUAAAAAUCACUUAAUAUUGUCACUGCAGCUUGGUGGAAUAUAUAACUGUAGACGUGGUGCAUGGAUCUAACUGCUGAAAACAACAAUAAAAUGUCAUCAAGCCA